AUGACGCGAUCCUUUCAGAGCGCCAACUAUAACAUGGAUCACUCAUUGGUUUACUGUAAACUCAAACCAGUAAAUCAACUUUUUUUCUUUCUUUAUUUAUUUCUUUUAUUGUUCUUUCUUUCUUUCUUUCUUUCAGUCAUACUUUCUUCCUUUCUUUCUUUCAUUCAUUCAUUAUUUCAUCGUGUCUUUUUUCAUUUUUUCUGUCAUUCAUUCUUUCUUUCUUUUAUUCAUUCAUUCGUCCUUUCAUUGUGCCUUACUUUCCCUCUUUCUUUGAAUCAUUAUUUCUUUCAUCCUUUCUUUUAUUGUGUCGUUCUUUUUCUUUUUUUCGUUCAUUCUUUCUUUCAUUCUUCCUUUGUGUCUUUCUUUCUUUCUUUCAUUCAUUCUUUCAUUCAUUCAUUCAUUCAUUCUUUCUUUCUUUCAUUUAUUCUUUUCCUGUUAUUCUUUCUUUUAUCCAUUCAUUCUUUCUUUCUUUCCGUCUUUUAUUCAUUCAUGGUUUCUUCCUUUCUUUCUUUCUUUUUUCUUUCUUUCUUAUAA